AACCUGGCAAAACCUGAUCACCGUUCGUUUGAAAUUUGAAAUCAGCAUCUCGCUUAAUUCGCUUGUACCAACAACACCACACCAGGCCAUGGUUAUGGUUCUAGGCCCCGAACGCGACCUGUCGUUUCCCUACUUGACCUCCGUUCGCGGACGUUUUGGUCCCGACCCUUCUUUCUUGGCCACCGGCAACCUUGAGAGAGAACUUCGCACCAAACAGGUUGGCUUAGCUUUAACAGAAGAUGAAAAGCAUCAGCUUCAGAAGAUGGUCGACCAGGAUACCAAGAUUUACAUUGGAGGUAUUCUGUCCCAUUGUUGGUUGUGGUGCAUGAUUGACUUCAUUGGAGGACUUUGAAAAUCAUUAUAAUGCGUGGUUCUUUCAAGCAAAAGUUGCUCGUGGUUUAUGCUGUGGUACGUUUUCUCUCAUUAACUUUGUAUAUUGUUGUUUGGAAAAUUCUCUUAUUUAUUGUUAAUUCGAGGUUUUCCAUUUCUUUAUGCAAUUUCCUGCCUUGUUCUCUAUUGUUAAGCAAUUGUGUCACUCAUAUUUUCUACAUAAAUUGAGGGCCAAAUGUGAUGAUUAAGUUUUCAUCUGUUGGUUAUCCAGAAAAUCAAAACUAUCUUAUCUAUUCCCUCAUUGAGUAUUCUUCUCACACUUACUUUGAUCAACAAUCUAGAAAUCAGCCUCUACACCACCCUACCCGUCAUUCACUAGCAAUUGCAAAGAACCCCAAGUUAGAAUGAUAAAAAGGAAGCAUUGAAGGUGAGAGUUAAGAAAUUUGGAGAAUGGUCAAGAAUUAUAAUGUCGUUAGGUGGACCAUAAUGAUACUGAUCUGAUCUGAUGCUAGUAUGCUACCUUGUUUAUCCAUGCAUAUUCUUUUGUUAUUUUUUAAUUAAUUUUAAUAUUAAAAAUUUUCUUCAAUU